UAAACAAAUUUUAAAAAACUGUUUUUAAAAUUUGGAAUUGGGGAAAGUGUGAACCUAGGAAACCCGAUAUUAGCUAAAACAUACAAAAAUAGAUCGGUCCUAAUAUAAAUCAAACUUAUGAUACUACAAUGCAACAAUGGAGCAGUACUACAAAUAAUAACAAGCCCGACUUACUAAGCCUGCCCGACGAUGUUCUCAUUAUUAUUCUGAGUAAUCUCGACCUAAAGACGCAGCUACAACUGAAACACUUGCAUUUCCGGUUUAAAAGAUUAAUGCCGCAUGUCUGGCGUGCUCAUAACAAGUCUGCACAUAUAUCCUUGAUUGAAAUGCACCUGAGCAAUAAGGAUCUGCGUUUCUUCCUGGAAAGUACACAACAAACCCUUAGUACACUACGGUUUAAAAUGAAUAAAAGAUCAAAUUUCGAACUGCUUACUAGCUAUAGUUUUCCAAAUCUUAAGGAUUUUCGCUUCUCAACGCAUUCGUUUACGUUGAAUGAUGCGGAUUUGUCAAAAAUGUUCAAGACUUUUCCAAAUCUGACAACUUUUAGCCCACAUGGAAAGUUCACUGGCAAACACUUUGAAGAAUUUCAAUGUCUCGAGCACCUCACGGUCUCCUACUGCAGCAAAUUUGAAGUCACUAACUUGAUACAGAUCCUGAAAACCAGAAAAAUAAAAUCCCUCAAGCUGGGAAUCUUCGAAGCUGACCAGAUAUCGAAUACACAACUGCCCUGGGAAGGGAUUCGAAAUCUAGAGUUUCUGCAGUGCUACCGCGAGGAAAUGAUGAUGUGGUUUCUAUCGAAACUGGAACAUCUCACGCACUUGAAGAAGAUAUUUAUUUGUGGUCUCCUAAGGUCCGGCGAUCUGAGACAGAUGCUGAUAUCUGCAAAGAGAAGCUCCAUUAAUAUGAUCGAGUUAAACAAGAGUAUCUCCAUUGCUGAUGAGACUCGCGGCCUAAAUGUGGCUAUUAAGACCCUGAAGGUGGCAAAGUAUGGCAUGCAUGCGUGUGAGCAUCUUCGCAUUAAUACCAACGAAUUGUAUAUACAAAAUUCGGUUUGUGUAAGCGGACAUGAGUUUGAGACCCUAAUACAAAACCUUAAAACGCAACAGAUCCUCGGUUUAUCCCACUGCACUUUUGUGUUCGAGGACUUUAGAUUUGAUGCACAGAAAUUGGGGGAAAACCGUACCACAACACUUAAUGUUUAUGUGGAUCAAAACGUGUAUCGCAGCCAUCCUGCAGAGGAUGCCAUCCCCAUGACGUGGAUAGUGCACGGGGAACAUAAGUUUUUCAAGCUGCACAUGGAGCAUCCAAAAAUCACUUUCAACUCCGAUCCACUUUCGAUAUACUUUGAUUAAGUUUGAAUGCCAAUGAGCUGGUUUAAUUCCGGCCGAUCUCAAUGAAUUCGUAGUAGGAGAUUGGUUUGUGAUAUUGAAAAUAAUCUUAACCUAAUUGCGAAUCCUUAGAGGCUUCCAGGAGUUCUCUAAUGCAAGCCGACCAAGAAGCUGCAAAGGAUUGGGUGCAGUUUAAGUUACAAAAUAAAGGCUUAGUUUAUUUGAGACCGUGAA